AUGAAAUGUUCCCUUUCCGAAGCUUCUAGUGCAUUUGUUGAGCCACACACUCUUUCUUUUCUCUUGCUCAGACCGUGCUCGUGGUGUUCCUCGUCGCCUGCCUCCCCAGCGCUUUGCCUCUCGUCUUUUCUGGCCGAAGCCGCCCACCUUCACAAGCGGACUCAGAUACUGAGAGACGCCGGUCGUGCUCACACUGCGCGCUGCAUUCUCCACGGAGAAAUUCGGCCGUUUGCCUUCCAACUGCUUGCCUGGGAAGGCGGCGAAACGCUGGAAGCUUUCCUCAGUCGCAAACGGAUCACACAGACACCGAAGUGUUCUUUCUCGGCUGUCUCUUCUGCUGUCUCCUCUGCUGUCUCCUCUUCGUCUCCUCAACUGCGAGCGCCAGCCUUUUCUGAGAAGACACUCGUGGAUCUGUGGCUAUCGCUCUUGUCCUUGUUGGAGGAGCAGCACCGAGUCGGCCUGACGCAUGGGCAACUGCAGCCUCGAAAGAUUCUUGUGCAGCAGCACAGAGGCGCCAGCUUCGCGCCGUGGAUGAGUUCUGUGGAGGCGCCAGAAUGCGUAGCAGAGGAAACGCAGCUCGCUGGCGGCAGCGGCUGCGAAGACGCACAGAGAGAGAUCGACUCUCUUGCAGACUCGACGCUCGUUCUGCUGGACUGGCAACUCGGCAUCGACGCCCGGGAGCCGGCAAGAACAGAGACGUCCGCCUCAAGUGCCGACACAAACGGUCCUCCCGCUGCGGCUGCUCUUUGCGGUAGCCGAGAGGAGACAAGUCCGUCCCUGCAUGCAGCGGAGAGAGGCGCUGCUGGAAGUCUCGAGGACGAGGUUUCACACCUCGUAGCAGAGGCGAGAAGGCGCUUGCUAUCGGCGAGGGCCUUGGGCGUUUCGCCGCGAGAAGUCGAGCAGGAACUCCCUUCGGUUGCGGGUGCUGGAGCGCUCGCAGGUGCGUACGCGCCUCCAGAGCAGCAGUUCCUGCAACUGUCUCUCGCGGCCGAAGCAGCCGCAGUCGGGAGAGGCGAGCGCGGUCUGUGUUCAAGCGAGAACGGAGAAGGAAGGGAGAGGGAAGGUGGAAGCACCAACGGACAGCGACGGAAGUCGCGGCCAAGAUUUCCUUCUCUGGAAAUCCGAAAGACUUGGGACCUCUACGCGACUGCGAGGCUCAUUGCGGAGUGCGUGACUCUGGAGGCGCCUACGCCGCUCUCCUGUGCUCCGACGUUCUGGGAGCCGUAUGAGGCAGAGGACGGCGGCAAGAAAAGGGAAGACGAGGCGGGCGAGGAUGGACAGGGAACCGGAAGAGAAAGCCGCCAAGCAGAGGAAAAAAACAAGGACGAAAACCAGGAAGCGGAAGAGCGACUUGGGGAUCGGUGGAUGUCUGAGGAGGCACCGGGAGGUGGGGAGAGAGGGGGAGGAUGGUGCGAAUUGAGAGAGGAGAAAGAGCGGGCGUUCUGGGAUGUAAGACGAAACGAGCAAGGAGUGAAAGAACAGCAACCAUGGCAAAACUGCGUCUCGCCACACAUCCUUGUCCAAGCAAGAGGAUGCUGUCUGUCCUCCCUCACGACUGAACAUACAUCCCUUUCAUCAGUCGACGAAGAACUCCAGAUUCACUUCGAGCAGCGCAUUCUCCCUUUACAUGCAUACGGACUCUCCGAUAAUUUUAUUGCCAUCCUCAGCAAAGCGCUGCAUCCUGAAGCACAGAAGCGAUUCAAAGAAGUUGAAGAGCUGAAAAAUCUCCUCCAGGAUCUGCAGAAGAAUCUUCGCCACCUGCCUCGCGCCUUAGCUGAUGCUGCGCAAGACUGCUUGCAGUCGAUCCAAAGUGUAGGAGAGCCGCUGCAACGCUCCACGCUGGUUGCGCCGGCGGUGGACUCCGCUGGCGGGCUUUCCUCUCCGUCGCUUACCUUCAAGGCCGCCACUGUCGCUUCGCCUGUCUUGUCGUCUCUGCCUCUGAAGCCAUCAACGCCGAAACAAGUUACACUGGACCUUCGCGGCGUCAAGUUCGACCCCUUUCGCAUUCGCUAUCUAGCAAAGUUCGCCAGACAUCUGAAUGCCGAGACGAUCAUUCUCCCUACAGCUUCGUCCUCUCUCCGUUCACCACCGUCUUCGUCCCCGGCGUCGUCGCUUCCUUUCUCCUCCUCGUCGUUUUCUUCUGCCUCGCCAGUGAAGCAGCAGGAAGACACAAGAGAGGACGCCGAAGACCGUGGUUUCAUUUCAGUGCCUCUCGCGAAGAUGCUGAAUCCUGGAGAAACGCGACUAAGUCUCAGCGCAAAGGGUCUCUCCUCUUUGGAGGCGGCGCUCGUCGCCAGGACGCUUUUGACGGCCUCCUGGAUUGAAGAACUCCGCAUGAACGACAACGCCUUUGGCUCCGCGCCUGCAUGCGCAGCGCCCUACGGAGAAUCCCCUUGUGGGGAAUCGGCACACCGCGAAGAAAAAAGCUGGCAAAGCAGCGCAGCCGCUCAACUCCUCGGCGUUUCCCUCACCUGCAUGCGGAACCUACAAGUCCUCGACCUCAAUCUAUGCCACCUCUCUCCUCUCGACACUCUGCACCUUCUCGAGUGUCUUCGCCGCUGUGCAAAUCUUCGUCGCCUUCUCUUGAGCAACGCGCUGAUGUGCGACUUCUCCGACGUCUCGUCCGCCAGUGCUCUCCCCCUCCCAGUCCAUCAUUCUGUGCGUUCGUCUCGUUCUUCUCGCUCUCGUUCUCCCUCGAUCUCUCGCUCGUCUCUUCUCUCUUCUUCGCCUUCAUCUGUUCCGAGAGUUGUACCAAGCGAAGGGAGCGGGGCCGCAGUCCAGAAGGACUUGGACGCCACGGCGCCCGUGCGACGCCGGCGCCUGACCUCCUCGGCAGACGCAGGUCGCGCGGAGGAGACAGUAGACCUGGAGGUGCGAGGAAGCGGCGAGAGUGUCUGUCGCUUGGCGGCGACCGCGCUGAAACAAGAUUGGUUAAAAAUGGAAGAAAUCGACUUUAGUUUUGGUCAAAUAUCCGAUGCUGGGCUUGCCCUGCUCGCGGACGCUAUCGCCGUCCACGCGCGACUCCAGGUCGUCAAUCUCAGCGGCAACCCCAUCACCGUCAUCGGCCUGCGGUCCCUCUGUCGCGCUCUGGGCUCCAACCACAGCGUUGCGCUCCUGAGCAUGAACAACGUUCUCGCUCUCGAGUCACGCGCCCCCGCGCCUUUCGCGUCUGAUGCGUCACUUGCAUCUUCGCCGGUUCUUCCCUCCACUGCCUCUCCGCGAACUUCUGCCCUGGGAACUCAAGCGUCUCUGCCGGACCUCCCUCGUUUGGACCAGGGAUGCGCUUCGCCCUCGCCUGAGUCUGAAGGACGAAAAUGCCUGGCAGGCUCUGGAGAAGGUCACGAGAGCUCGAGAGGCGGCGCAGCAGAAAAGGACGAGGCGACCCUCCUGUAUCAGAUGAUUCAGAGGGCCGUCGGCUUCAACGUCCAGUACAAGGAGCUUCGACGACACACCUCCGCAUUUGAGAUUGCUGUCGGUGCGACUCUAAUGUGCGAAACCCUCGCAUCGUGGCUAGACGGGGACUCCUACUUGCAAAAGAAGCUGCUGGCGCGCCUGCACGAUGUUCGCCAGCACCACAAAAGUGUCUCUUCUCGAGAAGUUCGUCUUCACCAUGGAAGGAAUUUCCAGAAGGAAGUUCCGCCUUUGGCGUCUUGCGCGGAUCCGGGGAAGGACGGUAACUCAUCUGGGCUCGACACCCCAGGCGACGGGUCAGCAAACGCGGUUCUCAAACCCGCAGUCCCCGACCCUCCGGCGACCGCUAGUUGGGCUCCAGGCGACGGCGGGAGGAGGCCGGCAGGCGCGCCCCCGAGUCUGACUGUGACCCUUGCAGGAGAGGAAGAAGAAGUUGAUAAUGAGGAAAGAGAUGUGAAUGAAAAGGAGGGCGAACGAAGAGGGCGUUUUAUGGGGGACGAAAGGGCAGAACAGGACCCCGAAGAGGAACUGGAGUCCAAACCGCGUAUACAACACUCCCGCCGCCUCGAGGAAAACAAUGAAACGAAAGACGGGGUCCACAAAAACAGUCGUGUACGGUUUGCAUUGGACAAUCCAGUGGGGGAGGCGUUCGUAGCUGGGAGCAACUAUCAACUUGGACUGACACGGAGAGAAUCAACAACCAAGUCUCUCGAAGAGGAGGACGAGGUCUAUCUCGAUCUCGAGAUCGCGGUAGCCGACAGAUUGCUAACGCGGGACGGCGCUGCGCUCCAUCCGGGUCUCUUUCCUGCCUUCAAGCAAGUCGACCUGAAAGAGUUGGCGGGUCUCCUCAACGUUUCUGCGAGGUGGAAGAUGCCGGAAAGUGACAAGGAAGUUGAAGGCUGCGAGCACCACGAACCCCGAAAACAGUCGGGGCCUCGAGCUGCAGGACAUGAGGACGAAAAGGUCGAGGAGUUCGAAGCGAGAGACUUGAAGCCCGCGUGAGGCGAGGGACAUGACGGAGAGGAAGACCAACCGGUUGACAGAAUGCAAGUGUGUCUGCGUAGUGCGGAGAGAGGUAAAAUGAGAAGAGGAGGGAGGAGGGAACAGAGACACAGUACCUUCCUGCUUAGACGCUAUGCGCGCUUCUCAGUGGCUGCGGAGACAGACGAAAGACGUUUUUCCACUUCGUCUUUUUUUGAUUUGCUUUCGCGCCAAGAAGGACUUACAACCUCCAGGAACGAGUCAGCUUCUUUCACCACUCCGUUGACAAAGGUUUUCAGCUCGAUCUUGGUUAUAAACAACGUCUGGACUCCGUUUUUAUCGAACUCCGUUUCUCAACUUGCAAACAA